AUGCACUGCCGUUCCGCCCUCUUGUCGUCUUUUCUCCUUGGAUUCGCCCAACUUGCCUUCUCUGCGGAGAUCAACGUUGUUGUCGGUGGACCUGGUGUCCUGAAAUUUAACCCCUCGUUCGUUAAUGCGGCUGUCGGGGAUGUGAUCGUAUUCACCAUGAAGCAGAAAAACCACACUGUUACUCAAUCAUCGUUCGAGAGCCCAUGUGUCAAGGCAGUUAAUGGAAUUGAUACUGGCUUCGUCCCAGUUCCAGAUACGAUGACCAGUGACUUCCCUGUAGCCAAACUCAGUGUUCUUGGCACAGAUCCCCAAUGGUUAUAUUGCAAACAAGCAAACCAUUGCCAGCAAGGGAUGGUUUUUGCUAUUAAUCCUGGCGACAAGUUCGCUGCCUUCCUGGCUGCUGCGACAGGUGGAGCCUCAACCGCGUCAUCUAGCGCUCCUGUCAGCACAACAGCUUCUGCUACAUCUACUCCACCGGCUUCUUCAGUUUCCUCGACUGUCAGUUCGUCGGCGACCUCCACACCUACAGGAGUAGACCAUAGGAUUAUUGUUGGAGGCCCGGGUAUUCUGGCUUAUAGUCCGUCUAACAUUUCUGCCCAAGUUGGAGAUACUAUCACCUUCGAGUUUCAUCAAAAGAACCACACAGUGACGGCGAGCUCAUUUGACACUCCUUGUCGUGCUCUAUCGUCUACUAGUACCACUGGAGAGCUUGGCUUCGACUCUGGAUUCAUCCCCGUCAGUGAUGCUGAUACCGUAUUCCCUACCUUCACUAUUCGCGUGAAUGAUACGACUCCUAUCUGGGCUUACUGCCGGCAAGCAAAUCAUUGCGGAUCGGGCAUGGUUUUUUCAGCCAAUGCUGUUGAGAAUGGUCCCAAAAACUUUUCCGCUUUCGUAGACCUUGCCAAACAGCAAAAUGGGACCACCACCACACCUCCUGACACCAGCGAUGCACCGGCUGCAUUUGCACUCUCGUACCCGCACCUUUGGAUUUCCGCCGCCCUUAUCACGAUUCUCUCUUUCUGA